GUAUUAAUUCUGUUCAUUCUGAUCUUGGAUUGUCCUUUAUGUAUUCUCCUAGUUAUUAUCAUUUAUUCAUUUGUAUGUCUAUAAUUGUUUUGUUGUUUAUUGAUAGAUUUAGAUUUGUAAUGUCAGUUUAUGAUUUUUCUCUUUGUAUUAUUGAAAUACUAGAAUCAACAAUUUUAUUUCCACUUCUGGAAGGUAUCGUUAACUCCUUGGUAAUUCUAUUUAAAUCUUUAAUAGUAGAUAAAUUUUUGCCGUUCCAUGAGGUUUUAAAAGCUUCUCUAAUAGCAGUUUUUAACUGCCAUCCACUCAAAGAUUUAUAGAUCAUUGAUAAUCAAAUCAUUAGUUUAUUAUUAUUAAAAGCAUUAUGCAGCCACAUGACAAUAUUGCAUAUAAUGAUUAAUAAAUUAUUACAGGAUUGGUCCUUAGUAAAAA